ACAUAUAUUGACUAAACUGCGGGUACAAAACGUUUUCCUACAAGCCAGAUUUUUCGGGCAUAAGGAAUACGUUAUUGAUAUAUUUGAGAAAUCUCUUCCAAUGUCAACGUAUAGCUUGGGAUUUAUGAUAACGCAAGAAAAUACAUUUAUCAAUUGUAAACGAGAACUAAAUGAUACAAUGCCAAGCAUAUAUUUAAGGACUUAUAGCGAUGUACCAGAUAUGAAACAGAUCUGCGAAAACAUAUGCAAGAUUUAUAAAAGUAUCGCGGUAUAUUUCAAUAUUUCGCUACCCGUGGAAAAUUUGUAUAUAGUAACUUUACCCGAAGUGUCAACAGUACGGCCGCUAAGCAGUUGGGGAAUAUUAAUUUUAAGUGAGAAUGACCUGAUGCAAAUUGGGAAUUUUACCUUGAUUCAGGAGUUAGUUUACCAAUGGGUUGGAGUUUGGAAAACACCUUAUUGGUGGAGCGAAAUACAAAUUAACAAAGCCAUUGUAAACUUUGUUGCAGUUGAUAUCGCAUUAGAGUGUUCCCUUGCAAGUUCCUUAAUAAUGUCAUACAUGUGUAACAUGACACUUACGACCCUUAUGGUCUGUCAUAAGUGGAUUGGAUAUGUAGUUUAGAACGAAAUAUGAAACAUUGUACUUUGCUAAUACGGUCCGCCUUAAGUGGUCCCUAAAUGUAAUUCAUAGAUUGUAAG